UUACGCCGUACGUGCAUCGGUUCAAAGAGGAAGGAAGAUGGCGGACAACAAAGGCGAGGAGGAGAUGGACCCGUCCGCUAAUUCGGAUCCAGCGCCUACAGUACAGAAAAAUGAGCUGUCGGAAAUCAAAACAGAGGCUUCACCAGAACCCACCUCGAAUGAUAAGGACAAUAUUUGUACGGAGUCCAGUGAAACCACAGAACAAACGCCUCCCCCCGUUAGUGGCGGAGGAGACGCUAGCAGUGGAGCUGCUGUUACUGCGGGAGCAGACGCCGAGCGGAACGGGAGCACUAGCGGUACCACCAGCCCAACCGACACCGCUGCCGGUACCAAUGCAGAGCCUGCGGAAACAGAACCUAUCCCCGCCGCCGAGGAGGCUCCUGCUGGCGGACUUAGCACUGAAAUGUCUCCUCCUCCUACAGCUCCAGCGGCCACGCCGGUUCCCGCUCCGAUAAAUUUACUGGAUACGUGCGCUGUGUGUAAACAAAGUCUUCAGAACCGAGACUGUGAGCCCAAACUGCUCCCGUGUCUGCACUCGUUCUGUCUCAAGUGUAUCCCGCAGCCGGACAGACAGGUCAGCGUGCAGGUGCCUGGACCACACGGACACACGGACACUCACAUUGUCAACGUCAUGCGCUGUUCAGUGUGCCUCCAGGAUUACAAACAACUGGACAUCAUUGACAACUACUUUGUCAAAGACACGUCUGAUGCCACUAGCUCGUCUGAUGAAAAGUCCGCACAGGUGUGCACGAGUUGUGAGGACAAUGCAGGAACAAUAGGCUUCUGUGUGGAUGGUGAGUGGCUGUGUAAGACCUGUGUCGAGGCCCAUCAGAGGGUGAAGAUCACAAAAGACCACACCAUUCGCACCAAAGAGGACGCUAACACAGAGUCUGUGGGAACAUCAGGGCAGAGACCAGUGUUCUGUCCCAUCCACAAACAAGAGCACCUGAAGCUGUUCUGUGAGACAUGUGACACUCUCACGUGUCGAGACUGUCAGCUGCUGGAGCACAAGGAGCACAGGUACCAGUUUCUGGAGGAGGCCUUCCUGAAUCAGAAGGGGAUGAUCGAAGCCACAAUGGCCAAGCUUCAAGAAAAAAAGAACUUUGUCCAUUUCACCGUGUCUCAGGUGCAAAGCAGGUUGAAAGAGCUUAAUGAGACACACAAGAAGGUGGAGCAUGAGAUUAAAAUUGCAGUGUUUACUCUGAUAAAUGAGAUCAAUAAGAAGGGGAAGUCCCUACUGCAGCAGUUAGAGGGUUUGACCAAAGAGCGCAGCUUGCGUCUAGCAGCUAUGCACAAGGACACCACUCAGCUGGCCCAUCAGAUCCACCAUGUGCUAAACUUCUGUCACUGGGCCAUCACCACGGGCAGCAGCACUGCUCUGCUCUACAGCAAGAGACUGAUUUUGUUCCAGCUUCGCCAGCUUUUUAAGGCCAGGGUAGAACCCCCACCUCAGUCCAAUGGAGUGGUACGUUUCUUCUGUGACCCUACGUUCUGGGCCAAAAAUGUUGUGAAUCUAGGUAAUCUGGUCAUUGAGAAGCCACCGCCUGUGACACAGCCUCAGAACGUUGUGGUGGGUGGCGGCCCUCCUCUUCCUCCAGGGCAGGUGCAUCCAGGCAAACACCCAGGUCAAAUAAACCUGGCCCAGCUCAGACUGCAGCACAUGCAGCAGGCCGCCUUCGCCCAGAAACAACAACAUCAGCAGCAACAACAGCAGAUGCAACAGAUGAGACUGGCCUCACAAAUGUCCCAGCCGCAUCCCCGGCCAGGAGGUCCUUCUAUGGUACAACAGCCUCCUCGGCUCAUCAGUAUGCAGCAGCUUCCUCGAGGGCCCGGGGGUAUGAACGGUGCCGCGGGGCCCCCCAUGUUCCCUUCCUCCGCUCACCACAUGCGCCUGCCAGGGCCCUCCCAGGGCCGCAUGCCUGCAGCACCGCCCAGACACAACGGACAGCCUUAUCCUCAGAUGAUGCAGGCUCAGCUCCAGAGACAGCACUCAAACCCAGGCCACGCGGGCCCCUUUCCUGUAGCCUCCCUCCAUAACGCUAACCCCACCAGUCCAACCAGCGCCAGUAUGGCAGGAGCACACGCGCACCGCGGCCCCACCAGCCCCAUCCUGGGACCCAUCGAGCUCAUCCCUUCUGUUACCAACCCAGAGAACCUGCCCUGUCUGCCCGAGAUCCCACCCAUACAGCUUGAGGAUGCAGGUUCCAGUAGCCUGGGGCACCUCCUUUCUCGGUAUAUCCAAAUCAGCACUCACCAAGGCCCAUUGGACCUGAACACGUCACCAGGGUUAUCCACACAUUCCCCGGGAUCAUCAGGGGUGUCCAAUGCCCACACACCAGCGCGGCCUUCCAGUACAUCCAGCACAGGCAGCAGGGGCAGCUGUAGCUCAUCUGGGAGAGCGGCAGGCAGCACAGCGGUGGAACAGGUUCGUGUAAAACAGGAGCCUGGCACAGAAGACUACACGUGUACCACUUCUCUUAAGAUGGAGAGGGGCAAAGAUGGAAGGAGUGCUUGCAUGAUGAGCAGCGCUGAGGACAGCAGUCAUCCUGUGUUAUCCUCUGUGUCCGCGGGCCAGGAUGCUCUUAGGACUCUGGAUGAGCUGAUAAAACAAGAGUCACAGUCCCAAAUGUGUUCAGGCCUCAAUGGUUCCACAUCCCUCUCCUCCACUUUGACCACUACCUCAUCGUCCAGCAGCACACCCCUCACCAAUGGCAGCACUGACAAAAGGCCAGAGGGUGGGGCUUCAGCUGCCCAUCAGGGUUCAAAGGAGGAUGACCCCAAUGAAGACUGGUGUGCUGUGUGCAUCAAUGGAGGAGACCUAAUCUGCUGCGACCGCUGUCCCAAAGUGUUCCACAUGAGAUGCCACGUACCCACCAUUAAAAUCUUCCCUAAGGGGGACUUCCUGUGUACAUUUUGCCGGAGUUUAUCAAACCCAGAGAUCCAGUACUGUGAUGAGAACCGCAAACAGAAGGGGGAGCCAGCCCUUAGUCCUGAGGACCAACGGAGAUGUGAACGCCUUCUGCUCUACAUCUUCUGUCAUGAGCUCAGCGUAGGCUUCAGGGAGCCAGUCUCUUCUUCAGUACCAAAUUACUACAAGAUAAUAAAACAGCCCAUGGACCUGAAGAAGGUAAAGAAGAGGCUGCAAGGGCGGAGCUCCCAGUUUUACCAGUCCACACAGGACUUUGUGUCGGACAUGAGGCUCAUCUUUAAGAACUGUGCACAGUACAAUGAGAUGUCUCGAAUAAUCCAGGUUUAUGAUGAGAAGAAACAGAUUAAUAACAAGGUGGGAUCAGAGAUGGCCAUCUCCGGCAAAGCAGUGAGUCUGUACUUUGAGGAGAAGUUACUGGAGCUAUUCCCAGGACAGACUUUCCCUGAUAAUCCUGAACCGGAAACUGGUGAGGAAUCACAAAACCAAGAAGAUUCAGAGGACUCUGAGGACGACUUUGUACAACCCAGAAGGAAACGAUUAAAAACGGACGAGAAACUGGUCCACAUAAAGUGAGGAGCACACCAGUAUCUGUCUUCCCCCCCCCAUGUUGGAGAUUAACAGAUACAAUGUGGUCUAAAAACAGUUUUAAUUCAUAUCUCCUCCAAACUUCAACUCUGCUUUAACGUGAACUUUUGAGGACAUGCAAACAAAAGCUGCAGUCAUUCUUCAAAUCACUGUACAGAAAACCUGAAAGGACUACUCUUUGACACAUUAAGUUAUGAAACAAUUCUGUAUUAUUUUUUAUUCAUUUUCAUUUGUAUAUUACUUGUGACAUUUGCCUUAUCAAAAAGAUCUUAAAUUCUUUGUUUCCAGAAUCAUAUGUGUACCACAAAUUACCAGAAGUAUUUGUAUGACUGUGUGGAACCAUAAUGUAAAUAAGAGAAUCUAGAUCUUGAAGGUAUCUCAAUAGAUGUGUGAAUGCAUCAAUAAAACUUGUUGAAAUACUGGUA